AUGGCUACACGUACCAAAGCACCCACGAUCGGGUCCGCCGGAUGGAUCCUGGAAGAGCGCAAUCAGGCAAACACGCUCGUCGCGCAGGAACUCGAGGAUUUCGGCUUCUCUGUGCGCAAUGAGCUUGAAUGGCUUAACGAGCACAUGUUUGACAUACUUGCCAGCGACAGGCAACCUAACCUUGAUGUCUUCAAGACACCUGGCAAGCUGCGCGGCAAGACGCCCCGUACAGCGCGCAAGAAGCCGCUUGCCAGCAUCCAGUCCGCAAAUCUACAGCACAUCCUGAGCCCGGCAGAGCAGAGCCUGAGAAAUGUAAAGGCUAGAUUCCAGAUUGCCGAGGACGCGGCCAAAUCAGUUCGACACUCGCCCGCGGCCCGCACGCCAAUCGCACGACAGCUCUUCUCCAAGCCGGAAAGCGCUGGCAAGGAAAACGUAGACAGCAACCACCAUGCUGCACUCUUUGAAAAGCAACAAGCACAUGCUAUCGCAGCACUGCGGAGCCCUAUCCAGUCUACCCAAGAUACAGUCGAGUCUUCGCAGGCCAGCGACGUCUUUUCACCCAUGCAAUCACAGGAGACUCAGCCCACACAGCCCACUAAUUCCUUCAGGCACUCGAUAGAAGCAAAACAAACAAGACGCGACACAGGUGAUUCCUUUGUCUCGGCAAAUGAAGGCUUCUCUAGCAAGGAUGCGUCCAAGGAGGACUCGCAUGCAAAUGAUGUUAGUGUCAUGGAUGUUGACGGUGAGCACUCGCGCUCUGAUGCCCAGGAUACUAUGCUGCAUCACGACAUUUCCGAUGCAGAGGACGCCGAUAUGGAUGAAAUGCACGAAUCUCCCGACCCACCACGCGCUGUUUCCGAGCAGUACAGCAUCUCUGCUGAAACCCACGAUGCGCUUGACACGGCCAACAACCGCGCACUCAUGCUAGAACCCAAGUACCUCGCACCAGAGCAAUCCACAACGCCUGCCGGCCCUCCACCGGCCCUUCUGGAAGCCACCGUUCACGAUGACACUGUCCUUCACCACGACGUUGACGAUCAAAUGGACGUUGAUGAUGAGGAUGAUGUGCGCUCCCCUUCGGAUAACUCCAGUCCCGUAAAGCCGCUUGUUAGGAAGAGCAGCCUUACGUUUUCAUCUCUUCCUGCACGUGAGCCAUUGCUUCCCAAGAAGAGUAUGGGCAAUCGCGUGUCGCGUACAAGCCAUAUUGAUCAAAACAAAGCUCGCAACAGCCAUAUGGCAAGAUUUACUGGAGGCAAGAGUCUGGGAGGAUCACAAAUUGCUUACCCUGCUGAGAUGCAUCAUGAUCACGAGGACGAUGACAUGGACGUUGACGCGGAGCGCCCAGAAGUUCCCAAAGAAGAAUCCGAGUCUACCAAGGCUCACAACAAGACUUCCACUCAGCGUUUGUUCGAGCGCAUCAACAUGCUCAAGCAACAGAAUGAAGCCCCUUCGCGGAUCAGCCAGAACAUUGCUUCACAGCCUUCACAGUCACAGGGAUUCCCGACGCAACCAAACGAGGAGGCUGCAUCCACACAACCUUCCCAACUAUCAUACCCAACCCUCCCACCACCAGAACCCACACAGGAAGAAGAAGACGAUGACGAUGAUUGGAUAUCACCAGUUCGCACGACGGCACCUGCGCCUAAAUCAGUUAGACCUGCCUUUGGCAAAAAUCACACGGUCGAGGCCCGCCCGUCUCCCCUCCGGCCUGUACCUGCAAGCCUUAUCUCGGCUUCAAAUCCAGAUCUCACUGCGGAUGCUGAAUCAACCACCCCUAUUGGCUCUCCCACUAACAGGCGAUACAUGGACGCACCUCUGAGCGCCUCAAAGUCGAAGCUAUACUCGGCGUUCCGGGCAGCAAAGGAUAAGCUAAUUGGAUCAACUGCUACAAGCGCUCAAGCGAAGAUGGAUACGCUCAAGGAGAGCCCGGCAAGACCCAAGUUGCCCUCGCAUGAUUCAUCAGACGAUGCAUUCAGUAGUCCCAGGCGUGCCGAGAGGCCAAUUUCCAUUUUCGAUCACAUGCGAUCGCCCUCCAAGGACUCUGACAACUCUAGCAAAAGUGGCAGCAGUCCCUCCAAGGGUGAUGGCCGACGCACUCGCAGCUCCACUGAACGGGAGAAGCAGAAGGAGAAGGAGACGAGAGAGAAGGAGGUUCGAGAGGCCAAGCAGCAGCGCACAGAGGAUAAGCUCAAGCAGAUGCGUGAGAAGGAACAGAGCAAGGCAGCCGCACAUGCUCAGAAAGCCCGGGCUAUGGGUGCGAAGACGCCAACCGCCAUGUCGUCUCAAUCAAGUCUCAGGCUGCCAACAGCCACGGCUAACAUCAAGACUCCAUCACAGGCGACUCAAUCUGCCCAACCAGCCACACAACAACCGAUUCUUCGUCCUGGUAUCCCCCGAUCCAACACGGCAACUUCGAGAGAAGACGUCGACUCGGCAGAAGAUAUGCCACCGCCACCGCCACCAAAGAGCUUGCUACCGACUACCAAGCCGGCCAAGGCGCCUCUCCGAGAACCCAGGAAACUGGCGAAACCGACAAGCAAGGACGCUAUUCCCAAGGCAAAGGCGCCACAGAAGAUCAUGGUCAACCUCAAGAGUAGUCACUACGGCCAAGCACCUCCACCGGCUCCCCGUCCAGCUACGGCAGCUGCCAGGCCUAUAUCUGCAGCACCUCAAACUGCUGGUAAGUCCACCGCUACAGGGAGGCAAACACCAGCCGGAACAACACGACCAGCUUCAGCUCUAUCUACCAAGUCUGGACCUUCGUCAAAAACAGUACAGCCUCUCGCUAAAGCGCCAGCUCCUCGAGCAGCCCGACCUCAACCGCAGACUGUUGAGAAGCCCAAGGCUCCAGCAUCUCAACCUCCACGGUCUGACCUUGGUGCUGCACGACCUGUAUCACGGAUGCAGACGGUGCAGGAUGCCAAUCGCAUCAACAUCCCCCCGGUCAACCCAGCUAAGCCGCCCCCUAAGCGACAGUUCCCUGGUGAGGGCGAUGAAACUCUCCACCGUCCGGCCAAACGUCCUUCGCAACAAGCAAAGAACCUGAACCCGAUUACACCAGCUCACGCACAGUUUGCCAAGGGCAAGAUUCCUUUUGCAGAGCCUGCACACCAAUCACAGUCUCAGGCACCACAAAUACAAUAUCCCAACGGGGAAGACAUCAAGCUUCCUGAGAUCAUGACGGACUCUGAAGACGAAGACUCUGACAACGAAUUCGAGCCACCAAGCUGGGUCAACACGCCUAAUCUACGUGAGAUGCUCAGCAACCAGCAGCUCAUGGACCCCGAGCACAUUUUUGGACCGAUUGCGCCGUUGGAGAUGGAGAAGGUAUUCCCCAACAAGGAGCGACACAAGCGGUUCCGCGAGCGGACGAGCAGUGCGUACUGGGCCAAUGACGAGGUGACUGCCGAGGAGAAGCGCAAGGAACGCGAGGCGAGAGAGCGGCUUGUGCGGGAUGGUGGAUGGACGUAUAACCCAUCGCCGCUUCCCAAGCAAGCUGGAUCUUCUCGUUGA